CCUCUAGAGGAAGUUGCUCUGUGGCCGCCGGAUGCAGAUGCCCCAGCCUACAGGGCUCCCAGGCGGAGAGAGCGGCUCCCACCCAGGCAGAGUGGCUCCCCCUCCCCCACUGCUUUUCCCACCGUUGAUUCCCAGUCUUCAUCCUUGAUCUUUCCCCUGCUUCCAUCAAUGUCAAUAAAAAAGCCAGGAUGGCGAGGUUUCUUAAGCGCCACUGUGUACCAGGCACUUUAAAACCUCUUUGGAACAACCCUUGGAAGUAAGUGCAGUGGACCACACCCAUCUUAGAGCUGAACAAACUGAGGCUCAGCUGGUUUAAGGAACCUUGCCCAAGGUCACUGAGCUGGGUUUAUAAUCAGGUCUGUAGGUGCCGUGAGGAAUAAUAAUACUAAAUUGAGAUUCAACGCGCAAUUAAGACCUGUACACCAAGCACCUCGGUGGUCUGCAGAGAGAAAAAUCCUGAAUGUGAUAGGCAGGUAAACGUGAAAACACAGUGGGUCUGUGCUACCACCUGGGCAUGUGCCAGCUGGAUACUGAGAGGAGAGAGAAGAGGGAGGACAGAGACUCUCUGGCCUCAGGGAUUGAAUGGUUCUCAAGGACAGAAGCUACCGCAGCCAGGGAAGGACAGGCCUGGAGAGAGCUGUGUGCCUCCACCCCAGUCUCAGAGUUGGGGUUCUCCAGCCACCUCUGCCUGCCCCCCACCCUGGUGUUUCCUGGAGCCUCGCCAACCCCCUCCCCCUUCAGGCUGGCUCCCCAGGCCUCCUUCCCCUGCCUCAUCAACGCCUUGCACUCUCUGCCCCCAACUAAGCCCUCCUACCUUCUCCCCCCACCCCUCCCCUACCUUUGCCUUCUAGAACUCCUGGAAGUUUCCAACUGGAGGGUUUAAUUUGAAAACUCCUCCUUUCCUUAAGUAGUUGGUCCUGAGGUGGCUGCUGUGGCCCCUCCCUCUGAGUCAGGGUCCUUGUCAGGAUGGAGGCCCCAGCUUCAAGCCCUCGAUCCCGAAUUUUGGGCCACUCCUCCAUGUUCCGCUUUUUCCGUAGCCUGGUGGGGAGCAAGGGCAGCCCAAAGAGCUCAGACAAGGCCCUGCUGGGGGGCCAGUCUUGUCCCUUUUGAGAGCAGAACGCCACCCCUUUGAUGACUGAUCACCAGGGAGGAGCAGGGCGGGAGUCCAGGCCUCCUGCCACGCUGCCCUACACCUUCUCUGUGGCCCUGCCACAGCCUGAUCCCUCGGGGCUGGGGCUGGGGGACACAGGGCCCCAGACCCCUACCCCCGUGGAGGUCCUGAGGGUCCUGGCUCAGGGUGUAGAGGUGAAGCCAGUCCUGCCCAGAGGAAGCCAGGAGGUGCUGGGCAACCUGUCUGAGUUGGAGGAGAGGGAAGAGGAACAGACGGAGGCAGCAGGGGAUACAGGGACCUCAGACAGGGGCCACUUUGCCCAAGCCUUGGCGGUGGAGCAAGGAUGCUUGCAGAGGGCCAUGGGGCCACUGGAUAUCAGCCCCGAGACCUUCACCGGGGAGGAGGAGAAGGAGCGUCUGCUUGAUGGAGACCUCGGGCUGGCCUCCUCCCAGGUGGGGGCAACUCCCUGGAACCGCCUCCUCAGCUUGUACAAACAGCUCCAGAAAUCGGCCACGGCCAAGAUCCCUCUCAAGGAAGGCCUGCCCUGUGAGGAGAAAGGCGGGGAAGAGGAAACAGAGGAGGAGGACAGCUCACUCAAGCUCUGUGUCCCAGGCAUUGUCACCCUCCAGUCGCCGCUGCAUAAGACUUUUAGGUCGACAGAUACAGUAGGUUUCGUGGAGUCGGAGUUAAAGAAGCUUCUGGUAGUGCAACAGGAGUCCCGCCUCUGGAAGAUGGGUGGCCAUGAGGGCCGGAAGCUGCUGACCCAGCCAGAGAUCACCCUGGAGGAGGCAGGCAUUGUGGAUGUCCAGCACCUGCUCCUUGAGGAGAUGAAUGAGAUGGAAAACUGGCCUCCAGAGUGAAGCUGGUGCUGGCCUGAGUCUGCCCUGCCCCGGGUCCCUGCAGCCUGUGUAGAGAUGUAUCCGCCUCCUCUUAGGGCACCUCAAGGAGCCCCUGGGGCCAAAGACACCGUCUUUAAUAAAUGGUGUCCAUGUGUCUGCAGGGUGGGCCUGCCCGGCACACUGUCCCCACUCUUCAGACUCAGGCCUGUGAUGUUAUUAAUAAAACUCAGUUUGACUUUG